GUAGUAGUAAACGGAAGUAAACAGUGACCAAUAACCAUUUCCACGUUAGCGUUUUUAUUGUUAUUUAGACGUUUAUUAACAUCCUGGAACUCAACAUAUGACUAAGUUAACUGCACAGCAUUACAUACUUACACCCCAGGUAGUCUUUAACUCGCCUUGGAGACAGGACCUGGUUGAUGCUAGGUAAUGCUAGCUAGGUAGCCACUAAUGGCUAACUGUAUGGUUUUUCACACUCAAAUAGCCUCCGUCAUGGAGGUGCUAGCGAAUGCAGCCGUGGCAGAGAUCUGUAAACUCGUAGACGACGACUAUGCAGUGUUUCGUUUAGAAAUGUCUCAAAGCCAGAAAGAAAACAGGGGAUUGCGGAGGAAACUACAGCAACUGGAACUGAAGGUGUCACGGGAGCGCGCAGAGAGGACCAUUAGAGAGCGGGUCCUCGCCAGUCGUCCCAGUAGUGUCAAGAUCCUCGACCGAUACAGAGGAAUGGCAAGAGGUGAAGGACAUCUCACUGGAGGUCACAGGAGCUUUGUGAAGCCAGCGGGACACAACACAUGGAGAGAUGACCGACCAAUCACUGUUGAUGAGGGGAGUGGAACCUCAACCCAGCAUGUUAUCGUGAUAGAGUCUGUAGAUGUAGAGGCUGCAGGUCCUGGGGUCAAGCAGCAGAUGACUAAAGGAAAGAAGGACCCACAGGACAGCAGAGACAUCCAGACCGAGGCAGUGGCUGGAGUGGCGCCCCCUGUGGCCACGGAGGUCCUCUCCGCUGUGCCCCAGGCCAGGACCAUACGCAGCAUCAUGGAGGAAGAGGAAGGUCCAGAGGUGCUGCUGGUGAAGGAGGAGGGUCUGGGGAACCCUGAGGGAACCAUGGUCAUGGAGGACAACCAGACUACACCACCUCCUGAAACCACAGAGGAACUAGCUGAGCAGCAUAGGACCACACACAGUCUCACUGAGUCAGUAGACAUGGAGGAUUGGAAGCCUGAUCUGCUGCUGGUCAAAGAGGAGACAAUAGAAGACGGACCAGAGAGCAUUGACCUGCUGAGUGGACUAAAGAUGGGGGAGCAAGGUGGUUGGCUGGAGGCUAACAGAAGAGACUGGGUGGCCAUCUUGGAUUUCCAGACCCAGACGGGUGCAGCCAAAGGCCCAGGGUACAACAUUACUGAGCAGGCGAGGACCAGAGGUGACAUAGUGGAGUCUGCAGUCCAUGAGGACCUGCUGAUAUCUGGUGUUGCUGACGGGAGAGACUGGACCUCUGAGGUGGGUGGUCACAAACCCUGGCCCCGGAUCAAAACCCUGGAUCUGGAGCCAUCACUCUUCCUUCCCGAGUCGGAACUAGGGCCCAACCGUGAGGGACAGAGACUCCACCACCACACAAAACACAACCAGUGGACAGGUGGACUGAACAACCUCAGUCCUGGUGGUCAUCAGAGAGACAGAGGCUGCAGUCAGGGAUCCAGUCUGCAGUCUGGGGCUGAUAAAGAUAGACCCUCCUGUUCCUAUGAUACAAACACCACAAUAUCCAUGAUGAACAGAUCAGGUCACCCUGGGCUUCAGCCUUCACAGAGAGUGACGGGAGCCCCCGCUGGAGGUAGUCUACCAGCCAGUCGGUCUUCUCCUUCAGGGCCUCGUCCAAUUCCUGGUGAAUGGGUUCAUAGAAGGUCUGGACCUGGGUCUAGCCUUCCUCAGCUACCUCAUGGUUACCCCACCAAUACAGACAGGGUCAGGAUGGGCGUUCACCAUAAGAGGUACCUAGCCUAUAACACAGCACACAAUCCCAACAACACCCAAACAAUGUCUAGAGGUCAAGGAGGGAGCUCAAAAACUCUUGCUUCUACCUCUAGUGUCAUUGGGUUACAAUGUGGGAGGCCGAGCAUUAGGAUGGACGCCGACAAGCCAUAUGCCUGCCCCACGUGUGGGAAGCGCUUUGCUGAGGCAAGGUAUGUGAAGCAGCACCAGACUGUUCACACCAAAGACAGCUUCAAGUGCAAAUUAUGUCACAAGAGCUUCUCCUUCCUGAGUAGCCUUAUCAGACAUAGGAGUGUCCACAAUGGGGAGAAAUCGUAGCAGUGUGGCUUAAGAUGUACACAGGGGAUGUCUUUAUCUGACAUAUUUUAGUUAUCAUGUGAAGUGUCUAGGGAUAAGAGGGUAAUUAACCACAUACCCCUCAUUAACCCCUUUAACUUUUAAUUUGAAACAGGCUUGCGUUAAUACCUGAUUUUAGAGAGAUAGUAAACCUAGGCUAGAACAAGUAUAGUUUAAUAUUCUCUGGUCUGUUGAAACCAAGAUUGAACUCUUUGGCCUGAAUGCCAAGUGUCACGUCUGGAGGACACCUUGCAGGGACUGGGAGACUAGUCAGGAUCGAGGCAAAGAUGAACGGAGCAAAGUGCAGAGCGAUCCUUGAUGAAAACCUGCUCCAGAGCACUCAGGACCCCUGGGGUGAAGGUUCAUCUUCCAACAGGACCCUAAGCACACAGCCAAGGUAACGCAGGAGUGGCUUCGGGACAAGUCUGAAUGUUCUUGAGUAUCCAGCCAGAGCCCGGACUUGAACCCAAUCAAACAUUUCUGGAGAGACCUGAAAAUUGCUGUGCAACUACACUCCCCAUCCAACCUGACAGAGCAUGAGAGGAUCUGCAGAGAUGAAUGGGAGAAAAUCCCCAAAUACAGGUGUGCCAAGCUUGUAGCGUUAUACCCAAGAAGACUCGAGGCUGUAAUCGCUUCCAAAGGUGCUUUAACAAAGUACUGAGUAAAGGCUCUGAAUACUUGUGCAAAUGUGAUAUUUCAGUUUUAUAUUUUUAAUAAAUUAGCAAUAGUUUAUAAAAA